GAGUCACGUGAGGGUGGGCGGUGGAGGUGGAGUUUUUUCUCCGCUGGUUUUUCAUCUCUAUGAUUAUCAGAGGCGGGCGGCUUUGACCCAAGAGAAUUGGCAGCUCUAGUGUGGACAGCUCACCUCGUCUCGUCCCUUUUCGCUGUCCCGGGAGAUCUGCCAGUGCCGAGUUCCCAACCGCAAGGUUCACUUGGGCGCCGUCGUCUCUCGCUUCUCGGACAACCAGGAGACGCACAGAAUGUUUCGUCUUAACUCCCUUUCUGCACUAGCAGAACUGGCUGUGGGCUCUCGAUGUUACCAUGGAGGAUCACAGCCCACCCAGAUGAGGCGACGACUAGUGAUGGUGGCUUUCCUGGGAGCAUCUGCAGUAACUGCAAGUACCGGUCUUCUGUGGAAGAGGGCCCUUGCAGAAUCUCCACCAUCUGUAAACAACCUAAAGAGUGAACUUGGUGAUAAAGGGAAGAAUAAAGAUGAAGGGGAAGUUUGUAACAAUGAAAAAAAGGCUGCAGGUGUUUGUCUUGAGCCUCACCCAGAAGAGAAAAAGAAGAAACGUUCUGGAUUCAGAGACAGAAAAGUGAUGGAAUAUGAGAAUAGGAUUCGAGCAUAUUCUACACCAGACAAAAUCUUCCGAUAUUUUGCCACCUUGAAAGUAAUCAGUGAACCUGGUGAAUCUGAAGUGUUUAUGACUCCACAAGAUUUUGUGCGAUCUAUAACACCCAAUGAAAAACAACCAGAACACUUGGGUCUAGAUCAGUAUACAAUAAAACGCUUUGAUGGAAAGGAUUUCUGGCAGAAAAUUGCCCAGGAACGAGAAAAAUUUGCUGAUGAAGGCAGUAUAUUUUACACCCUUGGAGAAUGUGGACUCAUAUCCUUUUCGGACUACAUUUUCCUUACAACUGUUCUUUCUACUCCUCAGAGAAAUUUUGAAAUUGCCUUCAAGAUGUUUGACUUGAAUGGAGAUGGAGAAGUAGACAUGGAGGAAUUUGAACAGGUUCAGAGCAUCAUUCGCUCCCAAACCAGUAUGGGUAUGCGUCACAGAGAUCGUCCUACUACUGGUAACACCCUCAAGUCUGGCUUGUGUUCGGCCCUCACAACUUACUUCUUUGGAGCUGAUCUUAAGGGGAAGCUGACAAUCAAAAACUUCCUUGAAUUUCAGCGUAAACUUCAGCAUGAUGUUCUGAAACUAGAGUUCGAACGCCAUGACCCUGUGGAUGGGAAAAUUACCGAGAGGCAGUUUGGUGGCAUGCUGCUGGCCUACAGUGGGGUGCAGUCCAAGAAGUUGACCGCCAUGCAAAAGCAGCUCAAGAAGCACUUCAAAGACGGAAAGGGUCUGACAUUUCAGGAAGUGGAGAACUUCUUUACUUUCCUAAAGAAUAUUAAUGAUGUGGACACUGCAUUAAGCUUUUACCAUAUGGCCGGGGCAUCUCUUGAUAAAGUGACCAUGCAGCAGGUGGCCAGGACCGUGGCCAAAGUGGAACUCUCGGACCACGUGUGUGAUGUGGUAUUUGCGCUCUUCGACUGUGAUGGCAAUGGGGAGCUGAGCAAUAAGGAAUUUGUUUCCAUCAUGAAGCAGCGGCUGAUGAGAGGCCUUGAGAAGCCCAAAGACAUGGGUUUCACCCGCCUCAUGCAGGCCAUGUGGAAAUGUGCACAGGAAACUGCCUGGGACUUCGCUUUGCCUAAACAGUAACCCAGAACUGCAAGAGGGACCUCCUCCUCCACCCGAAGCACCCUGACCCCUCGAGCAGAGCCUUGGCACAACCCUUCCGGCUGCUGCUUCUGGAAGUAGUGCUCCUGUCCUCUUGGGAAUGAUCUCAGGAUUCACCCAGUUUCCCCUCUCUGCCCUUCCCCUGGCUCAGCAUUUCUGCGAGGCUCUGCUUCUGCCCAGUGAUCAUCCCCAUAGGUUCUCAGAAACAUGAACGAGUCCUAAGAUGCCAGGUUUCUGGCACCUUCAUCAGCUCUAUGCUACUUCAAGCACCGUAUGGAUAAAGAAUGCAGGGAGCCAUCCACAUGCCUGCCCACCCCGGGAAACACCCAGUUCUUGAGUCACUUUGGCUGUGGACUUACAUUAAGAACAUUCCUUGCUUUUCCCCCCACUGGUGUUUUUAAGCCACAAGUUGGGAAGACGUCUCAAAGGCAGAAGGAAGGCUGUGAUGAAUGGUCAUGAGGAAGAGCCGGGCAGCCUGAGCUGGCAGGAAGCCUGGGUCAGAGAAAGGAUCCAUGUCAGUCCCCAGGGUGGCUCUGAGGCUUGCUCCGGGAAGGUGAUGUGCACAGCGGGAUGGAGCAAGAUUUGGAAUUUCGAGCAGCUGUUCCCUGGCUCCCUCAGAGGACUCUACCGCGACUCGGUGCCUAAUGCGCAGCAGUGAUUGAGUCCGUGUUCGAUGCAAGGGCCAUUUCCCUCCAGGAGUGCAUCUCUGAAGUGGAGGCCUGCCUCACAGCCUGUAUGCCCUCUGUCUUAAACACUUGUAAAAUAUCACUUUAAUUAUAACAGUUUGCAAUAAACUCCCCCACCCCCCUGCCAAAGGCUCUUGUGUCUUUU